GGGUACAUUAUUUCAAAGUUUAUGUUUAAUUUUUCUUUUCGUAAUUAUAUACAUCAUUUAGUAUUAGCUAAAAUUUAAUAUCUUUCAUUUCAUUGUUUUAUUAAUAUUAUUAUUAUUAUUAUUAUUAUAAUUAUUUAAAGAAAAAUAGUUUGCUGUGAUAAUUUUUCCUAUAGUUGUAUAAGAUCCUGCUAAUCAAAUGUUUGUUAAGAAAUUGAUAUGUCAACAGCAUUUGUUACAAAUAACAAAGUAGAGUCAUCUACAGUCAGCUAUCAAAAUAAACAAAAACAUUUUUUCAUUUUUAAGUCCAUGGACAUCUUUCUUAAAUACAUACAAUACAGUAUAAUCAUUUGUACAAGUUCCUUGGUAUUGAGGCUCCAUCAAAACAUCCCUGAUAAAAUUGCUAGUCAAGUUGAUAAUCUAGUCAAAAAAACAGAUGGACAUGAAAAAUGGUAUCGAAAACAUACCAUUACCCAACGAAUCAUCCAUGACCAAACCCAAGGAAAUAGAAAACAGUGUAUUAGUUGAAAAUCAUGAUUCUUUUUUAUCUGACUGUCUUCCAAAUAAUAUUUUAAAUGACUUUAUUCAUACUCUAAGGCAACGAGCAAAAAGUCCAACUUUAAGAAGACCUAUAGUUCUAAACCCCACAAGAUCUUAUACUGAUAUAAAUUUAAGUAGAACAGGUCUUCGUAAUGUUGAUCUUUUUGAAAUUAUUUCUCAAAUCGGAGAAGGUUCUUAUGGGCAAGUAUACAAAGCUAAAGAAAAAAAAUCUAAUGAUUUUGUUGCUUUGAAAAAAGUAAGACUAGAAAAUGAAUCUGAGGGCUUUCCUAUAACAGCUAUCCGAGAAAUAAAAAUUUUAAGAGAAUUAAAUCACAAAAAUGUUAUCAGAUUAAAAGAAGUAGUGACUGAUAAAGAAAAUAUUUUAGAAUUUAAAAAAGGAGGCGGCUCUUUUUAUUUAGUUUUUGAGUAUAUGGACCAUGACUUAACAGGUUUAUUAGAAUCUGGAAUGGUUAAUUUUACAGCUAAAGAUAAUGCCAGUAUAAUGCGUCAACUGUUAGAAGGACUAAAUUACUGUCAUAAACAAAAUUUCAUUCAUAGAGAUAUUAAAUGUAGCAAUAUUCUCCUCAAUAACAAAGGUGAAUUAAAAUUAGCUGAUUUAGGACUUGCUCGCCUGUUUGACAAUGAACAAAUUCGUCUGUACACAAACAAAGUUGUUACAUUACGAUAUAGGCCACCAGAGUUAUUAUUGGGAGAAGAGAAAUAUGGCCCUUCAAUAGAUAUUUGGUCUUGUGGUUGCAUUCUAGGAGAAUUAUUUGUUAAGAAAAAUAUGUUUCAUGGUAAAGAUGAAUUUGAUCAAUUAGAAUUAAUAUCACAGCUGUGUGGCAGUCCAUGUCCUACUAAUUGGCCAGAUGUUACCAAAUUACCUUUAUGGCAAUUUAUUAGUCAAAAGAAACUACACAGUCGAAAACUUGGACAUCAUUAUUCAUUUAUUGGAAAUGAUGCUCUAGACUUAUUAGAUAAAAUGUUAACUUUAGACCCCAAUAAACGUAUCACAGCAGCAGAAGCACUAAAAUGUUCUUGGUUAACAAAUGUUGAUGUCAAUACUUGUAUAACAUUACCAACAUGGCAGGAUUGUCAUGAAUUGUGGAGUAAAAAACAAAAAGGCCGACUAAAUUCCAAAACUUCAUCAAUUAAAUCCACAAAAAAAGAUCGAAAUAAAUUGGAGAACAAAACUAAAACUUAAAUUAUAGUUACUGUAAUUUGACAAAUUUUAAUUGAUUUCUUUUCGGGGGUCAAUUUCUUCUGAGUAAAUGUUUUUGGAAAUUCA